AUGCGCCGUGAAGAAAACGGACUGGCUCAGUAGACACACCACAACACAACACAUCCUGUGCGUGUUGCUGGCGCCGCUCGUGUGUGUGUGUGUGUGUGUGGGAGGAAGCCAGGCCGAAAGGAGACAGGGCACGUCAUAGCCAGAACCAGAGAAGGAAAGUGGCAGCAUGGCCCAGUCUGCCAAGCAGCCCCAGGGUCGGGAGGCUUUGCUCAAGUCCUACAACAAGCGACUCAAGGAUGAUGUCAAGUCUAUCCUGGACAACUUCAUGGAGAUAGUGAAGCUCGGAAUGGUUGAAGAUGAAACUCAGAUUGCCCGGAUGACACAAGUGGAGGAGAUCAAUUUCCAGAUGCAAGUGCGGUCAGCAAACAUGGUGAGAGCAGCAGAAUCUUUGAUGAAGCUGGUGGCAGAUGUGAAGCAGUAUCUCAUCCUCAAUGACUUCCCCUCUGUCAAUGAAGCCAUUACCCACAAUUCCACUAUCUUCAAAACCAAGAGUUUGGAGGCAGACCAGAAGCUAAUGGCCCUCAGAGAUGAUAUGGCAUCAGACCUUUAUGAGCUGGAAGAAGAAUUUUAUUCCUCCAUAUACAAAGAAAAAUGAUACAAUCACCUAGAAAACUCUACUUUUGAUGAAAGUGAAGUGAGCAGCAACUGGAUCAGUCAAGCAGCAGCUCAGCAAUGGGCAGGAAGUGGCUAGAGUUUCAUCAUGAAGUCACAAAGCAUACGAGAUUCUAACUUUGGCAAUCCCACAUAGCAGGACACCAUCAAGUACAGUGCCUGACAAAUAUAUAAAAAAAAUAAUAAAUAAAAAGUAAAAAAGGCACAACAUGAUAAUAAACAUUCAUAUGUUACUUUUAAAUAAAAUAAUAAAAAAAUGCUGGACUUAAGAAUGAAAGACUUAACCAUUAUACAAUAUUACACCCCAACCUGGGUAACAGCCAGGCCGUGUGGGUGUCUGAGCCUCACUGGGCAGCCUGGGGUGCUGCUGAGGUGGAGAUACCCAGCUCAUGGAGGGGGGGGAGGAGAGGAGAGCCCAGCCUUCAGACAAGCAGAAACAGACAACCCACACCAACUACACCAUCAUAUGCCUAUAGAGGCUAUUUACACACCUGGCCAAGAAUGCUGGAGCUCUGCAUAUGUACAUACACCUGUAUGUGAGACGAAUAAAGGCCAACACCUAA